AAUUGAAGUAUAUUGUAUCGCUUGCUCAAGCUGUAUGCCAAAACUCGCCUUUUUAUUUGAUACUGCUGCAUUGUUGUCGGCAAGCAUGCAAAUAAUAGUUUUAAUCAGCAUUUAUCAUCUAUUUGACAUCAAUGCAUGUAAUGAGAUAGUUGUUGAGGCAUUCACGACCCUGAAGUGAAAAGUAACUAUAUCGAUAUAUUCAGGAGCAGCAAGCUUCGUAUUUCUGUUUUAUAACAUUUCUGACUCGAAAGAGGUUUGUUUUGGUUUCUCUGAACCACUCCUAGCAUUGUCUCUUUCUAUGGCUGGUGAAAUAAUACUUUGGCGUCCCACGAGAUGAUUUUCAAUGUCGGCACCCGAAGGACUCACAUUUGCUUUUGAGCUCUCAAAAACACAGUCCUGUUUUUACCCUGUCAUCUGUCUGUAUUUCUUACCUCCGUGUGUUCUCGUGUUUUACAGUUUGGAUGUCCAGGUUGUGUUGCAGGUCUUUGUAUAGACUGAAAUGGAGAAGAAAGACUUGAAUAAGUGGCCCGAGGGUGAUCCACGGCCAGCGUACCUCUCCACUUGCAAAUGUAUGACUUUAGCUGCCGUACUGAUUCUUCUCAUUAUCGGGGCGGCUGUGGGAUUUAUGACAGCUUACUUAAUACAGGAGGAACAUUAUUUCAUGGAGACCGUGGAACUGGAAGGUCUCAAUUAUGAUGCAGAUCUGCGAGAUAAAACAUCGGGAUUCUAUGUAGUUCUGACCGCGACUCUGAAAGCAAAGAUCAUGAAUAUCUUUAGCGCCUCUGCAGCAGCAAGUCACUUUACUGAAUGCCAGAUAAUUGCAUACGGGAAUGCCAACACAAAUGUUUUGACCACGCUACGUUUGGUCUUCCGGGUCUCUCAAAUCCAGGGGUAUACGGAGAGAUUUGUUCAAGACCUCCUCCGCUCUGGAUUUAAGGCCAUGUUGAAUGGAAAACCCAUUGUUAUCCCAAAUUAUGGCCAGAUCUCUAGCAUCGUCCUUCUCGGAGCAAGUGGAAAGUCGUUCUAUGAAAUUGGGAAUGACAUAAGUAAAUGUCCCGAGAACACAUUCACUUGUGACAAUGGCGAGUGCAUCACAAAAAUAAAUCCAGAAUGUGACUCUAUAAACGACUGUGUUGAUGGUUCAGAUGAAGCCUCUUGCUCCUGUGGAACCCGUCCAGCCAUGGCUAACCGUAUUGUGGGUGGUGAAAACACCCGUCACGGGGAGGUACCCUGGCAGGUCAGUCUGCGACUACGUGGCCGCCAUACCUGCGGAGCUUCCAUCGUCAACAAUCACUGGCUCGUCAGCGCCGCCCACUGUUUUGAAAUAGAAAACAACCCGAAAGAUUGGACGGCUCUUGUGGGAGCCAAUCUAGUCAGUGGGGAAGAGGGUGACGCCACUAUAAUAAACAUCAAGUCCCUGGUCGUGUCUCCAAGAUACGAUCCAAUGACCACUGACAGCGAUGUGACCGUGCUGGAGUUGGAAACACCGCUGACGUUCAGCUCUUAUGUUCAGCCAGUCUGUAUCCCAUCAUCCUCUCAUAUUUUCAGUCCUGGGCAAAACUGCAUCGUCUCUGGCUGGGGAGCUCUUAAUCAGUACACAAAUGAGGUGCCUUCAACAUUACAGAAGGCAAUUGUAAAGAUCAUUGACUCAAAAGUUUGCAACAAGUCAACUGUAUACAGAGGUGCACUUACUCAAAAUAUGAUGUGUGCUGGAUUUCUUCAAGGAAAGGUGGACUCUUGUCAGGGAGAUUCUGGAGGCCCUCUUGUAUGCGAGACGUCACCUGGACGCUUUUUCUUAGCUGGCGUGGUGAGCUGGGGAGUGGGAUGCGCGCAGAUAAACAAGCCUGGAGUCUAUUCCCGCGUUACCAAGCUCCGCAACUGGAUUCUGAGCUACACCAACACUGCACCAACAAUCCCAGUCGCCUCCACUGUACCUAGUGUCACAAACACUACAGUUCACAUUGCCCAAGUUAUGAGCCCAUCCUCUGAACAAGUCAGUAAUGAUUAUUACUCAUCUCCUGGGAACUGCAGUGGAAAUUAUAACUGUGGUGGAAACAUGUGCAUCAGCAAGACAAACCCAGAGUGUGACAGAGUCAUUGACUGCCCCAAUGAGGCUGACGAGAAAAACUGUGACUGUGGGAAUCGUCCAGCUAUGGGCCAGGAGAGGAUUAUUGGUGGUGUCACUGCCCUUCGUGGUGAAUGGCCAUGGAUAGGCAGUUUGCAAUACCAACGCACUCACCGCUGUGGAGCUACACUCAUCCACUGCAAAUGGCUCCUGACUGCAGCUCACUGCUUCAGAGGUGACCAGAACCCUGCCAGCUGGACGGUAAGUCUUGGCUCUGUCCUUUGGUCUGGAGUGGGUGCUCUGGUGAUUCCAGUACAAAGGGUCAUCCCUCAUCCUGCUUUCAAUGGUAGCACCAUGGACUUCGAUGUGGCCCUGCUGGAACUCUCCAUUCCAGCCCCCAAGUCCUACACCAUCCAGACUGUGUGUUUGCCUUCUCCCUGGCAUAGCUUCAUCAAAAAUAUGGAAUGCUACAUCAUUGGAUGGGGUGCCGUGAGGGAGGACGGUAUGAUAACCAAUUUGCUGCAGAAAGCACAAGUUAAUGUCAUUGAUCAGCUGGACUGCCAGCAAGCUUACGGUGCUGAGCUCACCAACAACAUGAUGUGUGCUGGCUCCAUGGAAGGAGAAAAGGACACAUGUCUGGGAGACUCAGGGGGUCCUCUGGUGUGCCGUGAACCCCAGGGCCGGUGGUUUCUGGCUGGGGUGACUAGCUGGGGUCACGGCUGUGGUCGACUUGGCUUCCCAGGAGUUUACAUGCAGGUCACGGCUGUCAGAGAAUGGAUAUCUACAUACCUCCCUUUUUAAAAAUAUCCUCCACGUUUCUUACAAAUGACGUGCAGUCGUAUCUCUCAACUGAAACGAAUGCAUGAAACUCUGAUGGACAACUUUACCAACUGGUUCAUACUGUACUGUUAAAAUAUUUAUUUUUGGUAUUUAUUACCAAUGCAAUCUGGUGUAUGAAGCAGUAGCCCUUGAUGUGCUAUAUCCAGUGAGGCAUUAAACCAUAAAGCCUCCACUAAAUCUGCAGACGUUCUAAUGAUUCUGAAGGAAUUAUCAAUGGAGAUGCUCCUAAUUAGUUAGGAUACAGAUUCUAUGACAAAAAUCACCAUUUAUAUUACUGGAACACAAAAUGGAGGCAAUUUGAUUGUACUUGGUUGAUGCAGAAAGGAUUAAAUGAAACAUUGUAUAUUACAAUGGGAACUUCGAUACCAUAGUUUAUGCCAUUAAUGGGUUCGUUCGACAUUAAUAAUUCCCCCUCAUGUCAUUCCAAACCAGUAAGACCUUCGUUCAUCUUCAGAACACAAAUUCUAUAAGAUAUUUUGGAUGAAAUCUGACCCUCCAUAGACAACACCACACCUUCAGUUUCGAAUAAGAGAAAAAAAAAUUCCGCAAAAAACAAAAAAACUCAGGCAUUCUUCUCCCUUGAUUUACGACUUCCACAAUUUUGAAGAGUCCUUAAGAACGCAUUUGAUGUAAUCAGCGUUGCUUACGUUUAGGGGGAAAGCGCGUGUAUGCGUUGUGAUAUUCUCUAAAAUGGAGGAAGACGUAAAGAGAGAAGAAUCGUUGAGUACAUGUUUUGAUGUUUUUACGACAUUUCUGGACUACAGACCAUUUUAGUUGUGUUGCUAUCUAUGGAGGGUCAGACGGUUCUCCGAUUUCAGCUAAAAUAUCUUUAUGUUCCAAAGAUGAACAAAGAUCUUACGAGUUUGGAACGAGUAGUUAAUGACAGUAUUUUGGGAUGAACUAACCCUUCAAGGCCCUGUCCCAGAUGGAACACUCUUAAAGACUUACAAUAGCCACAGCGUGUGCACGUCUUAAGAAGUUUCUGCGAGUUUUCAAGCGCGUUGCAAUUUUCUCUGGAACUGAUUUCGAGCUUAGCUACUAACAGCAGAUGGCACUGCAUGCUACUGGCGACACCUCUACCCAAACGACAAAGUGUCGUCACGAAAAAGUACAGACCGCAAAGGGUUUUGAACGGCAUUUGGGACAGGACCUAAACUGUUGCUCCACCAUGACUUGACCAGGCUAUAUCAGAAGACAGUUAAAAAUGCGUGCUAUAG